CGAAAAACUCCGCAGAUCCUUGUGCAGCUGAUCACAGCGGUGCGGGAGGACACUUCAUCAGACUCUGUCUGAACACAGCACAGAAAUGGACAGCUACUCUCAGCAACAAUUAAAAUGCUUUGACGUAUUUUAUCGUAUACGCGAGAUGGAGAAUACAUAUUUUUAGGCUGCUCGAGGGCACUGAGAAUGAAUCGCGAAGAGUCUCCUGGAAUAACACUGGAGAAAUUACCUGUGUGAUUUUUUUGUAGCAUGCAGACAUUUGGAUUUUUUUUUUUUUUUUUUUUUUGGAUUUCCAGUUUUUAUGGAUCUUGGGAAGAAAGGUAGAAAUAUCCAGACAACCAAGCAAGCAAAAGUCAACUUCAGCAGCACUGGGAGUAUUUAUUAAAAGUCUUUGAGAAACAAUCCCUGGGAUUGCAUUAAAAAAAAAAAAAAAAAAAAAAAAAAAAAAAAAAACAAUCUUCCCUUAUGUUAAUAAUAAUACAGAGCCCAUAACGGAUGUUUUCCUGAGACGGAUAAAACGGGAAGCAAAACACGUUAAUAAACUGAAUUUCCAUCUUGGACAGACAGAAACAUUUUGCCGGAAUGAUGGUCAAGCUGAAGCUGAUGUGCUCAGUCUUGGACACACGACACGCUGUGCUCGCAAUGACCUUCUGUGCCUUCUUUAUGCAUGUUAUUGUGGAAGCUAACUCGUGGUGGUCUCUAGCAAUGAACCCCCUCCUGAUACCAGAAGCAUAUAUCAUAGGAGGUCAGCCGCUGUGCAGUCAACUGGAAGGACUGUCCAAAGGUCAGAGGAAGCUUUGCCAGCUGUACCAAGAUCACAUGCAUUUCAUUGGAGAGGGUGCCAAGACGGGCAUCCAGGAGUGCCAAUACCAGUUUCGCCAGCGCCGCUGGAACUGCAGCACAGUGGACAACUCCUCAGUGUUCGGCAGAGUCAUGCAGAUAGGGAGCAGAGAGACAGCGUUCACAUACGCUAUCAGUGCUGCAGGUGUGGUGAAUGCAGUGAGUCGAGCCUGCAGAGAGGGGGAGCUGUCGAGCUGCGGCUGCAGCAGGGCGGCGAGACCUAAAGAUCUGCCGCGAGACUGGCUGUGGGGCGGCUGCGGUGACAACCUCAAUUAUGGAUACCGCUUCAGCAAAGAGUUUGUGGAUGCCCGCGAACGGGAAAAAACCUUCGCCAAAGGCUCUGUGGAAAGUGCCAGACUGCUGAUGAACCUUCACAACAAUGAGGCGGGACGGAGGAUGGCAUCAGAUCUCGCCCAUGUGUCCUGUAAGUGUCACGGCGUGUCUGGCUCCUGCAGCCUUAAAACAUGCUGGUUGCAACUUGCGGAUUUCCGUAAAGUGGGCGACGCUCUGAAAGAGAAAUAUGACAGCGCCGCUGCCAUGAAGCUGAACAGCCGUGGAAAGCUCAUUCAAGUUCACUCCAAAUUUAACUCUCCUACUAGCCACGACCUGGUGUACAUAGACCCCAGUCCGGAUUACUGCAUAGGGAACAAGACUACUGGCUCUUUAGGAACUCAAGGUCGCCUCUGUAACAAGACGUCUGAAGGCAUGGACGGCUGUGCACUCAUGUGUUGCGGUCGAGGUUACGAUCAAUACAAGGUGCAGAUGGUCGAGCGCUGCCACUGCAAGUUCCACUGGUGCUGUUAUGUCAAAUGCAAGCGAUGUUCGCGCACAGUCGACCAGUUUGUUUGCAAGUAGUAACGUGCAGCGAGUAAUGAGAGCAUGCGAAAGAGGAUGAGAAGGAACAACUAAAUAAAUUAUAUUUAUAGAGCUGAAACCAUUAUGACAAAGACUGUUUGCUUUCUUGCUAUCAAUUUCUAAGUACUAUGUACAAGGCAUAUAAAGAAACUGCACAUAUCAUUAUAUAUUUAUUUUCUCAGAUGGUUCUUUUCUCAUUUUUUUCCUCAUCAUAGGAUUUUAACUGAAAAAAGCUCAAAUACAGAGUCUGGGCAUGAUCCAGAGUUUAUCCAUUCAUUUGGGGGCUUCACAUGAGGAACCAUGAUGCAAAAUAAAAAACUCUUUACCUUGUAAAAAUAACUACCUUAACUCUUUGAUUAAUUGAUUCUAGCUUCAUGCAUCCACUUUUAUCAACACUUGAAUAUGAGUAAGAUUCAUAGUUUUCAUGCAAAAAGCAGAGACAAUCGCGUCUUUGUCAAAGACUUCGUCAAGAUGGGAUGAUCAAAACACAGAUGGAGUAGGUCGAGUCCAUCAACACCCUCAAAGCUUCACAGUUGUUUCUUCUUCAUGGGUUCAACAUUUCAUUCAGUAACAUUAGGCAGUUUUGAUUUAUAUGCUGUUUAAUGUUUGAUGAUCGCGUUAUUUUACAUGUGCGUCAGCAAUGCUUCUAUCAAUUGUUUCUGCUUCUUCUUCGCCUGUGUUUUGAUAUGGAGAAUCUGUACACUUUCAAAAGAUGCAUAAUAGCGCCUCCUACCUAAUAACUGUGAAAAAAUGGAUUUCCGGAAAAUUCAAUCAGUGGCGGGGAAGAUUUGAAGUAUAUUCCUAUGUACACUACCAGUGGACUACACAAAAAUUCACAUACUCAGAACUACUAACAUAUCUGUUUUCUUUAUAAAUCAAUACUUUUUGCCAAUAUAUCAAAAGAUUGUCAGGUGAUCUCAUUUUAUUAGUUGUAUGUUCUUUCACAUCUAUAGUGGAAGAUCAAGUUGAAGUACCACACUGAAAAGGGAAUAUCUACGACGUAUGCAGGUAAAUAUGAAAGUAUCAACACUGACACUGCAGAUGGCUGGUUUAUUAUUGUGUUCGGUCACCUGAAUUGCCUGUGGCACUAAAAGGUGGAGAGAUCUGCUCCAAUUGUAUGGGGAGCACCUGAUGGCUGCUGACGCACUGUCCACACCAUUUAAAGAUGACCUAUAAUGCCCCUUUUACAAGAUGUAAUAUAACUCUCUGGCGUCUCCAGAAUGUGUCUGUGAAAUUUCAGCUCAAAAUACCCCACAGAUCAUUUAUUAUAGCUUGUCAAAUUUGCCCCUAUUUGGGUGUGAGCAAAAACACGUCGUUUUUGUGUGUGUCCCUUUAAAUGCAAAUGAGCUGCUGCUCCCUGCCCCCUUUCCAGAAGAGGGCGGAGCUUUAACAGCUCGCACUUCGGUUGCUCAACAACAACAAAGCUGGAGAAUCUCACGCAGCCAAAAUGAGGAUUGUCAGUAACGGUGUUCAGCCUUACAUUGUUCAAACCGGAGUCGACACUGAUGGAGAGACUCAGGAAGAAGUUACAACUUUUAGAAUGAAACUGGACGUUUCUGAAUGGUUAGUGGAUAAAUUUAUGUAGUUGCUGUGGAGUUGAUUCAACUCAUCCACUAGCAUGUGCCGUCAUGUUAAUCUUUUGUGUUGAAUUGACCCUCGUUUGUGAAGCAGUCCGGCGUAAAAUGACGGCAUGUCAACAACACUCUACUACAACAACUCUUCUCUAAAGCAGCCCAACAUGGCCUCACCCCCUUUGUUGUGUGUUCUCAGGGGCGGGGUUUAUGUAAAUUUUAGGGUUAGUGAUGUCACCAACCCGGGAAGAAGCUCGUUGUAGUCCUUAAACAGCGAUUUCUGUAAAAGAAAAUAUCUCCCUUUGCAUUGAAUGUUGAGUGUCGUAACUUUGCAGAUGUUGUUUAUGAUCAAACAGCAACAUUACACACUAACUAAAGUUAAAAAAGUGAAAUCGUAAUCAACCACCCCUUUAAAGCUGCAGUCCGUAAGUUUUGCCUCUUUGUCUCCAUCUCUGUUUGAAACCUGCAAUUGCAGUUAUUUGCAGAAUUAUCAUUACGUGGGUUGUGCAUCGACAUGAAUCUAAUGUUUGCUGUCAGUCACCGCACCAGUGUGGCUGGUACUUCAGAGUCACAGAUCACAUGUCUGCCACUUUUGUUCUGACCAACUGAGAAAAAAGCAUUACAAUAAAUCACGCUGCCAAUGGUGAUUAAAUCUAAAUCAUGCUUAGCUCGGAUCACGUCAAACCAUGCAAAUUAUUAUUAUUGUUAUACUUUGUUUUUAAAUUGUUAAUGUUAACAACAUUAGCAUUGCGUGACUAUGUGUAUUUAGUGUGUAUUAACGGUUGUAAAUCAGGCUAAGGUAAGGAGAUAUUUUUUGAACAGUGGCUGGUUAUGUACUUGCUCAAAAAUUUAUUUUGGAUCAUUUUUAACCAAAAAAAGUUACAGACUGCAACUUUAAACAAUCAGUGUUUAUUUGUUUAGAUGAAUGGAACAAACUUUACAAACUUAAAAAGUUAUAAAUGAAUGAACUUGCAUUCAUGAAUGCGCUAAUUAAAGCUAUACGCAAGCUAUUCAGCAUCCAUCUAUCCAUGCAGACACUCCAC